CCUCAUCUUCCUCCCUUCAUUCUACCGCCACAAUUAUGGCCAUGGCUGAGCUAGAGAGCCUGCCUAUUGAGCUGCGCGUUCAGAUCCUGUUAGAGCUGCCCGAUCUAGAGUCUCUCAAUGCAAUAGCUUGUUCUUCAACCGCUCUUUACCAGGCAUACUGCCUCGCCCGUCAGGAAUCCCUACCGAAAUUUUUGCAAAAGAAUUACGGUGGACUUGUGGAGGUCACUGAAGCGAUUACUGCUGUUCGCUCAAAGAAAUUCCACGGUACCAGACGCUCAGAUCGAGAGAGAAUAAUUGCACUGCUAGAUGAUCGACGCCGCAGCAGAGAGAUUCGCUGCUUGGGAAAGAGAUCCGGGGCAACGCAGCCUCUCCCUGACCAGCCAGUUGAUCUAAAUGAAGUCCGCGAUCUGCUGCGACUCCAUGAAAUAGCAAUUUGGCUUCUUAACGAUUAUAGCAAAAACGCACCAUGCCCAUUCUGGAUUGACGAGGUCAGUUGGAGCACACAUAUUUUACCACUGAAGUUUUCCAAAAAUGAAAAGAAACGCUACUACCGAGCAUUCUAUCGACUACAAACCUUUUGUAACUUGUUUGGUAAUGUCGAGAAUCCUGCUGAUAGCCCGGACAGCUCGAGAUCGUUAUACUGGGACAAUAGCCAGCCCUUCACAAGGGAGGAAAUAUGGAAGUUCUUCUUUGGAACAUUUGCGCCUUGGGAGUAUGAAGAGUUUGCUGGUUUGUGGUGGUACUGCCACCACAGAAAUGGUGAGAUUUACGCAAAGGUCGCCAAUGACCUGGAGCAAUACGGGCCCAUUGAAAAUGGCGCGCUUCCAGCACCUCUGGAGGUCACAGUCCUCCCUAGCUGUAGCUUACUGGACACUGACGAUCUACGAUCGAAUGAUUGCAACAACCGUGAGGUACUGGCCUCUUUUGGGCCGACUUUCCUCCACAAGCUUCUUCAAGAGGAAGACUUUAACACUCAGCGCAAUAUGGUGUAUGCGAAUGCGUGGGGAGGCGGUGCAUAUUUUCUUCAAUCCAUACUACGGAACUACGAAAUUCAAUACCCAUUGAUUUACCCUGCAGAUCAAUUUAAUUUCGGUAUGGACUGGGAAGGGUUACGAGCACUUUUGUCAACGCUGCCGGAGAUAGACCAACCUAAUCUCUCUUGGGUAAAAACCUGGCUCAAGCAAAUGGAAGAAGAUGAGCCACUUUUCGAAGAAAUGUUCGAAACCGGUGUCAAUUCUCGACGCUGGACCUGGGCCUACGCGCUCUGGGAUGACGACAGACUUCGGGAAUGGGAAGCAAAAUGGGGUGCACCAAUGAGAGAUUUUGGUGCUUAAUGGGCUCUGCGGAUGCUUAUGUUAUUGCCCCUUGCCUUUUGUUGGGCUGUUGGGUUAUCUUGUAUUCCAUUAGAUUUUUCUUGCUCUUCUGAUACCAAAGCUGUUCUGAAUCAACUCACUUCUUAUUCAC